GCCACGACAUAUGCGUAUCGUCACCAUCAAGCGCGUCCCGACCACCCGGCUUUCUACUGUCUGGUUGUGAAGCCACAGUGGUACCAGGUGCUUCUCUCUGACCCGACUGGGGUAGUGGCGUCCGCUGAGACUCCCUGGGAUCCCGAUGACCUGCGCUUGCUAGCUGCCUACAUCUACUCCCACUACGACCCUCCUCGCGGCCACUUCCUGUGGGACGACACGAUUGCUUGGGUCCCCGGAGCGACUCUGGACCAUCCGCCGACGUGGAAGGUCAAGGUUCAGGAUCAGUGGUACACCCAGGGUCAGUUUAUUUUCAUAGGGGAGCCGUGGGGCCGUCGUACGACGAUCCUCCGCGUCAAGGAUGACAGCGGCGGGGAGAUCGUGAUCAAGGAGGUGUAUCGUCAUCACAAGCGUCGGUUCAAGGAGGAAAAGAUCUUGGCCGGCAUUCACGGUGAUGGCGACGUGCUGGGGGUCGUGCGUCUUCAGGGUGCAGAUCACGUCACGACCAACAACGAGACGAUCAAGUGCGCUGCGCGAGGUGAAGAGACGGAGCGAACGAAAGAGCGAUUCGCACUGCUCGAUUCUGGCUGCCGUCUUCUGGAUGCCAAGACCGUGAACGAGCUAUUGGAGGCGGUAUACGAUGCAUUGGAAGUUCACCGCACGGUGCUGCUGGAGCGCAAGGUUCUGCACCGGGACAUGAGCCUGUAUAACAUCCUGAUGUACCCCAAGUGGGGUGGGGUGAGUGGGAGACAUGUCUCUGAGAAGACGCCUGUGUCGAUCCGGGAUGUGCUCCUUGGAAGCAAGAGGCCGGCGGAAGAACGGUUUCCUACAUGCCUAGUCAUCGACUACGACAAUGCUGCUGAGCUGGACGCCAAGAGCGGCGGCGAACUGAAUGAUCGCACGGGCACGCCUUUAUUUAUUGCACGAAGCGUCAGUCUUGGAACGGUCCUGCUCGACCAUGUGUCAAUUCGCGGCAGACCCAUGCCAAGGCUCACCGGCGACGCAUUGCAGUUGUACACCGCCGUUUAUGGAGAAGAGCGUUACGACGGGUAUAACGACCAGCCUGCAGCUGGCACAUGGCACGGCGGUCGUCCUCCCAUGACACUGGACCCAGACCGUCAUAGAUCAGCAAACUUGCCCGCCUUCGUUCAUCGACCGGAACACGACGUAGAAUCGGUGUACUGGACUAUGGUGUACGCUCUACUCCGUGCUCAACCAAUCACAGCUCCAAAAGAAGAUUAUGCACCACCCGCUGUUGCCAUUGUGUGGCAAAUUCUCCUUGCCCAUCACAUCCCGCCCCAGCAGUCCUCUCGCAAGGUCGAAAACCGCGAUAAAAUAAUCUAUUCACCGGAGGAGGAAUGGUUGGAGCUUUUCUGUGCAGACAUGCAGGACGUCGGCGUGCUCUUGUGGGAGAUUUCUCAGCACGUUCGUUCGGAGUAUGCCCUUUGGGAAGGCGCCCUCCGGCCCGACCACCUUCACGAAGCUGUACAGCGCCUCAUCCUGCAAUAUCUGGUCGAACAUCGUGGCAAAGACAUCAAGUUGGACCCGCGCCAUAGACGCCCUACCGCCGACAAGGGUGACACUCGGACCGCAACACAGCUUUCCCGAACGCAGGCUACCGGUGGGACAGGAAACCACACUAGAGGUCAGGUUGGAUCGGGACGGGGUUCAGCUGCUAGCCGCAAUCGGGGGCGUGGUAAGGGCUCAAGGUAUGCCGCCAAUCGCAAGGGCAGCGCGAAGACUACUGCUGCUGCUGGAGAACCGUCACAACAAUCUGUACAUUCUCGUGAGCAAGCGACAGCGAACAAGCCGGUUGGAAACUCGAAGCGCAAGAGCAGCAGCAAGCCAUCUCGCAGCAGCAAGCGGCUCAAGGCUCUCUCCGGCGAGCCCGUGCCACCCGCGGGGCAAGGCGACGACAACGUUGACGGAUUGUAAGCUGCCGGAAAGCCUGCAACGGGUCACGCAGCUUGUCGCGCGUUCGUCUCAUUCCCGCCACCUUCUGCGCUUCAGCCGCAAGAUGAGCGAUGCUGC